UUCUGAACGGCCUUCAUGAAUUAGCUUGUCCGCUGGCCCUUUUCUGCAACACGUACAUCACUGAUGUAGCGUUUUUGUUGAUCAGGGAGAGAGGACGAUUCGAAUGAGCUGUACUUAGCGAGUGGCAACGUCGGCCAACAUUAUGCUGCUACUGUGAAUAGUUCAUAAAUGCUUGAGAAUCUGGGUUUGUUCAUUUGUGUGUAGUCAGUAUAUAACAUUGUCGUCCCUAAUGUUGUGUGGAAUUGAGUUUAUUCCAUACUAAAUUCUUCGCGAUGGACUUAACCUAAUACAACGGUGCUUUCUCCAGGGGAUUCGGCAAUCAAAUUUUACGCGAUUUCUGAUGUUUCUGCGAGUUCAAAAUGGAAAAUAAUGUGCCCAUGAAAACACUUGGCCCAUCUGCGUCCAUGCUGGAUAAACUUCAAGAAAUAUGGGAUGAUAUCUUCCAUAAAGAAGUUCCGAGCCAACAACCACAGUCGAGUUGUAUGACAAACCAUGCCGACCAUGACUUACUAUAUCAAACAGAAACCAUCGCACGAGAAACUGACAAAAACGCCCAUCGUGACAGUGCCAGCCCUAUUUUAGGUAAUGAGAAACAGUCUGGUCUCGGGAUGUCAAUUCCCAAUAAUUUUACUUCAAAUGCUGAAGUCAUCUGCACUGAUCAAAUUCAGCAAGGAAAUGGAGCUCGGGACAGGCGUUCCCAGAAAGGAGAGAGCACUCGUUUCAAACCAAAUCUUGUAAAAAGUCAAAGUUCGCCAUUGGGGAACAAAAUGGCGUCAUCUGCCUCUACGCCACUUUCCAGGAAGCGAGCUAUUUCCAUGACAACCCAACGUCCAGCUAAGACGAACGACUCAGAGUUUCGCGUAGUAUCAGCACAUCGGGUUGAUGUAGAGGAAGAUAAGCUCUCUGACGUGUCAUCAAUUUAUGAACAAUUUGAAGUAAGUGGUGAUCGGCAUGACAUGCGAUUUCCAUGGCAACACGACGUUCCUGUCCAGUGUGAUCGCGUGCAAACAAAGGAGGUUAGUAUCCAGACGAAUUUCGAGCCGUGUAGUCAGUGCCAACUCGGAAGACUCUCCAACUGUUCUGAUCUGAGUGAGUUGGAUUCUGCAAGCAAUUACGGGAUCGAUAUGCGCAAACGAAGCUCAGUCAUCUCAUCCUUACGCCGAUCAACCAGCAAAUCGAAGCCUAGACUACAGCGUCAAAAUUUUAGCCUUGACCUCACCGAAUGCUCGGAAACUCACAAUGGUGGACACCUUGUGAAUGGAACUACAGCGCCUGGGUCACCCACAGGUCCCUUCAGGAGUCGUUCAAGUCGGAUAUCUACAUUACGCCCUCUAUCGGACUCAGACAUCAGUCGAAGUUCAGUGGAGAACUUCUUGGGGCACUCAAAGAUUAUCCGGAGACGCAAAAAUGCUGACGUUGCAGCUGCUAAGAAUGGUACAAGUUUGAAUCUGACUGAAGAUACGACUGAUCAAGACUCUUUACUGUGUUCUCCAUGUCCGUCGCCUAUUCCACAGGAAUUCGAAAAUUCUUCGCACUUGAAAACGAGGCCGAAGGUAAUUAUUACUCAGCACGACGAUCCUUGCUGUGAAGUCCAAUCACAACGAAGUAGCAGCAAUUGCUCACAGGACUCUCAGACGAGCGACAGUAGUUCCCUAAGAGUCCCCUCCCCAGAUUUUCUGCAAACCAAGGCGGUCUUCAAGAAAGAUAGAUCGACCUUCUCUGGUAGUAGCGACACGGAGGACAAUGAACCAUCUGCCCGUCCACCGACUUCUAGAAUUCACCAGCGACGAGGAGCUGUCAUCUCACAGGUUCCUCCUAAUAGCUCCGACUGUGGAGACGAUGACGGGGGAGGUAGUGGUACCAGCUGUGUACAAGACUCGAGGCCUGGCGGUACCAACUCCCCACCUAACCAUGGAGACCUGCUCUUCCCACCAAACCUAGGAAACGAACACAGGUGUAGCAUUAUGAGUACAGCAAGCUCAACACUGGCAUCUGUAGCUGCAGUUCAUUUACAAGAUUUCAUCGAGGCCAGCGCCACAGCAUGCUUUGAGAGUAACCAACUGGACCAAGAUAAUAACGACGGCGCAGAAACCAAAAAGAAGCUGCAUGCUCUAUUCAAGAAGAAAUUUGGUAAAGACAAAGACAAGAGUAUGAUUGACGAUAUCACCACGGUUUUUACAAAUUUUAAAAUACGAGACCAAGAUGACUUGGAAUUUGCAGCAUACAAAGACAAGCAUUGGCGGGAUGUAAUCAUGGAAGUCGAAAACAAUAACACAAACAACUCAGUGCACUCGCCCUCUCAAGAGGAAGUGAAACGAAGAGACAAGGUCUGGGAGUUAUUUCAUAGCGAGUGCGUCUACCUCAUAGAACACAUCCUCGUCUUGAAAAAUGUAUUCCAGGAGCCUCUCCGCGCCUUACAAUGCGAGGGAUACCUUAUGUACAUCGAACCUGCUAAAAUAUUCGCAAAUAUAGACGAACUCAGCCAGGUCAGUGCCUCGUUUUGUCGAGAUCUCAUCCGAAUGCUUCUGGCAAAAGCAAGCAGAACAGACUUCUGCCAUACGGAUGCAGUAGUAACUGCCUUUGCAAUGUUUGGUAACCGUGUGUGUCCAGCCUAUCAGAGGUAUUGCAUGAAUUACUCAUCUGCUCUGCACUACAUUGACAACCUAAAAAAACACGAAGACUUCGUUGAAUUUGUGAAGCUUUGCGAACAGGACACACGAUGCAAAAGAUUACAACUUGCCGACCUGAUGGUAGCACCCAUCCAGCACGUGACCAAGUACCCCUUGCUUUUGAAAGACAUACGGGAACGCACAGAUGACCCUAUUGAGCGCGCCAGCUUGAACGCAACCCUGCAGGCCGUCGGAGUUGCAUUGAAUGAACUGGACGGUAAGGUCAAGUGGCUUGGCAACUUCGAGAGAUUGCGAGAGUUGCAGCAGAUGAUCACGUGGCCACAGGUUGAAGAACUGGACCCCAGAGUAUCUGUACCCGAGUUUCUCAAGGACACGGUAGCCAAGAUGUCAAAAAGCAAUUUGCUUGCCAGCACUAAAAGGACGCUUCUACAUGAGGGACCACUUACACUGAUCGAUGGAACCAAAUCUUCAGAGAUGUAUAUCUUCCUCUUUGAUGACAUGCUACUUAUCAGCAAAAUCCGAAAGAAUAACGUCAAGAAAAAGUCACUUCCAGACGGCAUGACAAUCUCUGCCACGCCGCCUGUCCCACGUAAGAAGGAUGGCUUUUCCUUCAUUGUGUACAGGCCUCCCAUCCCCUUGGACAGGGUCUCUGUGAUAGAGUUAGAGAGCAAACGGGCAGCAGCAAGUGGCCUAAAACAUGGAUUUGUUCUGCUACAAAACAGCAGAUACCAGCAAUUUGUUGGAGCGUACACAUUAGCUGCCAGUGACGACAAUAGCAAGCAAAUUUGGCUCACACAUUUGAAAAAUGCUCGCGAGAAAUGGAUCCUGAUGCUUCGUAAUGACGAGGGAGAUGACUUCGCCAAUGAUGACAUGCGACGAGACAGGAAAAAAACUCUUUGAGAAAACUUUCUAAACUUGUGAUUGCGUCUCUAUGGUAAUGGAUGUGUGUGUGUGCGAUGAUGGCCACGUAACCACGAUGAUGGCGUAUCUUCAAUUUAGAUAUCAGUCUUGUGGUAGAAUUGUGUUGCAUUACCCUUCUUCGAAAAUUGGCAGAAGGAAAAGCUUACAAAUCUACAAGACAGUGGCAGUGAUAUCAGCCUGCUGUUGGAAGAAGUAUUGGAUAUUGUCUCUUUUUUCAAACAGAACGAUUUGAUACGAUGAUUUCAUGUUUCAGCUCGGAAACAUCCAAACUGAGCCAGAUUUAUUACUUUCCCGUUACGACCAUUUUAACACAUAACGCAAUGCCCAUGCAAUUUCUUUACAUAGCUGUGGUUAAAGGCACAUAGCAACAUUUAGUAGAGUCAUUUUUCUGGAAUCCGUGACCGUGUUGCGGAUACCUUUUUUUCUUGAUGGAUUUGACAAAUUGGACCAAUUUAAAGAAAAAAUAUUUCCUAUACACCUCCCAAAAGUGACGGCAAACUUUUUUAUAGCACUUUUUUUCAAAAUGGCUGCCGACGCCAUAUUGAAAUACAUA